AUGAAGACUGUGAGCAAUACUAUCCCCGAAAAGAUCGUUCCGCUUGGAAAACGGUUGAAAACUGAAAAAUCGAUGAUUACAAUUUUAGAAGACUCAGUAGAGAAAGGGUCUCGCUGGAAUAUCUUCCAUGUGGUGGAAACAUGGAUGCUCGAACUUACAAGGUUGUGUUGGAAACGAGAGGCCAUGCCAUGGGAUUACGUUCAUCGUAACAUUCAGUUAUCAAAUAUUCUCUUUGUUGCUGGUGUCACAGAUUAUAAAUAUGUUCUUAUCGAUUUUGAACAUGCUAGUAUAGGUGGAUUAUAA